UAAACCGUGAUACUGACUGUCGACCACCACCCGAAAUCCAACGAAGAAGUCCAACAGCCAGGUUCACUUACAAGUGGGCAAUAUUUCCGUCUCUUGGGGUAAACAAGGCAGGUUCCAGCUGUGUGCCGUCUGUAGAAAAUUGCAGGAAACCCCUUGCAGCAGUGGAAUAACAACAUCAGACUCUACAUAACAUUAAGGCUUUGUUCUGAUGUUGCCAGGAACCCACUAGAAAACUAUUAGGAGGACUGGAGCCAGUAUCCAACCCAGAUCUUUUUUUUUUCUUAUCUUUUUUUUCCCCCGUUUGUUUUCCAUUGAAGACAAAUGGUUUUGAGUCAUGGAUCAAGCUGUUGUGGACAGUCCUGUUACCCUUGUCAUCAGGGCUCCCAACCAGAAGUACAAUGACCAGACCAUCAACUGUUACCAGAAUUGGACUGUGGAGAAACUCAAAGCACACCUGUCAGACGUAUACCCAAGUAAACCAAGCUCCAAAGACCAGAGGCUGGUGUAUUCUGGGAAGCUGCUUUUGGAUCACUUUACCUUAAAAGAUGUGCUCAGAAAGCAAGAUGAGUACCAUAUGCUCCAUCUGGUGUGCACCUCACGAACCCCUCCCAGCUCUCCAAAGCCCCCCCGCAGCCGCAGCAACAAGCCCCAGGAGAACCUGGCCAGUCCCACGCCCCUUACAAACUCAAACGGCCAUUCCACUGGUCAACAACGGGAGUCGUCUACAGGAGAGAGCGGUGAUGGACUCAGACAGCGAGCUGGACCCUUCCCUUACCACCAGAUGUAUUCACAAUUUAUGCACAGCUGGAAUCCGUACUCUCCCCAGUCAACUCCUACCACAAACAUGCCUGCUUAUUACAACCCCAUGACAUUAAUGUGGUGGCAGCAGCUGUACGCCCGGCAAUGCUACAUGCAUUACCAGUUACUGGCCACCUCCUCUCAGCACCUCAGGCCAGACCAGCCCUCUACUCAGGCUAACCAGCCCGAUCCUCAGAGCCAGCGACCUCAAGCAGAUCGCCAUGGCAACCCAGAGGUCCAGAUGAACGCCCAGGGAGGGGAGAUCCUGAACGAGGACGAGCUCAACUGGGAUUGGCUGGAUUGGGUGUACACAUUUUCACGUGCUGCGAUCUUGCUCAGUAUCGUCUACUUCUACUCCUCCUUCAGCCGCUUUGUCAUGGUGAUGAUGGCCAUGCUGCUGCUUUACCUGCACCAGGCCGGCUGGUUUCCUUUCAACCUGGAGAACGAACUCCAGCUCCCUGGAGACAGAGCCAAUCAGGACGAUAUGGAGGGAGAGCUGCAAAACCACGACUUACAAGAAAUGGAAGGAGUGAUGGAUGAUGGCUCGGAUGAUGACGACGGGGAAAGCGGCGAGGAAGGGGCAGAAGAUCCCAACAGCGCCCCCCACGCAGGCUUCCUGUCCUCCACGUGGUCAUUCAUCAUAACCUUCUUCAUGUCGCUCAUCCCAGAGGGACCGCCAAACGCUGCUAACUGAACCCCGGGCACCAUGAGGCACCACGGUUCUCCACAAGAGGACAAAUAUCCUGCCUGCUUAGGGAAUCUGUUGGUCUGUUGCAGGGCAGUGUUAUAGUUUCCCUGUAGUCUACUUUACUCCAUAUCUUAGGCUUUGAGCCGAAACACAGAUGACUGAUUUAACAUGAAAAGGAAAAACGGUCACUUUAUAUUGACCUUUUUUUGUUUUUCUGCACAAAGGCAAACAUUUCGAACGGUCAAAUGAAAAGAACAUUAGUUGAACUUUGUUAAACAAGGAUUACUAGUGACGCCUUGUAAACAUAGUGAAAAUAAGUGUCUGCCAGUGCAUUGUUUCUAUUAUUUUUAAAAAUAGGGACAGCAGGCACAUUUUUAAAGAAAACUACUUGUGUUUAACAACCUGAACCCGUUCUUUUUUUUUUUUUUUUUUCUUUGUAAGAGGCUACAAUAUUUGUUAAAAUAGUUUUGUUGGAAUUGUAAUGAUUUUUUUUUUGUAAUGGUGGUUGUAUUCGAUUGAGAAGUUUUUAAAAUGGCCACUUUAGGCAGAAAGCUGAACAACAGCAGGUAAUCCUGAAUCAUAUAGCACCUGUGAUAAAUGAACUGAAUGACUUUGGCCCGAGGAUCCAUAAAAUGUGUCUGAACACAUUGUGUACUGUGUAACACAGAAAGAUGUUGGCUACUGAGAAGUUCAUCAGUGUACCACUAAUUCUCUCAAACUGACUGAGUGAGAUAGAAGAAUCGAUCUUCCGCCACUAAUGGAACUUCAAACACGACAGUCGUCGUUGGGAUUUAAGUCGCGUGGCGUCGAGCGGACAGGAGUCACUUGAAACAUUUCUGACUGUAAAAGCACUGCCACAAUGCAGAGUUGAUGUAGGACAAACCACACACCACUCAAGGUGUUUGUGAAAAUGGCUGCUGCUGUUCCAUUUAUCAUGUUGUGCACCAAUCAUAAUAUUCAUGUUUAUUAAACCUACCUUCAUGGUAAUACUUUUCCUCCAGAUUCUCACUUGGCCAAAGAGCAAAACAUGAUCACAAGCACUGACGUAGUUCUCCUGAGCCACAGAAACCCUUUAUUCAAUCUUAUAGAAGGCACCACUUCCCUUUACUUUCUGGUUAAGAAGCAUGAUUUGGAGACGAUGAGGUUUGAAAGUAUAAUCUUGACAGUGUAGAGUAUAUUUUGUGGCAAUCACCGGCUGGGAGAUCUGGCGGCCUCGGUUAAGCAUACACAACGUGGAUGCAAUUUUUGGAUUCGUUCUGUGGAAUCGGUUUCCUCUCCACUGUGCAAGAUCUGGUCACGCGUGGGUCUGAAGCCAGUGCUGCUCAAAAACAACGAGCAGUCCAGUGCAUCAAACAAAUUUAGUGGAAAUAAUUGUUGUCGCCACCAUGCAGGAGAAAUUUUUUGUCAUUACUUUUUCUUGAAAUUGUUACAAAGUGGAGGACCUGAACAGUAUCCCGUGCUGACCGGAUAAAGCAGUUUAGCUUAAUUACACUAAUGCAGGAAGGAGUGAAGAAGUGAUGCUCUGACCAAAAUUAUUCCUCUUGCCUUUACUCCCUCAAGGUACAUUGUUGAAACAAGGCCCUCCCAUAUCCAUGACUGGAUUUUUAUUUUAUGCUAAAAGUCAUCAGACACAUUUUCUGAACCACCCUAAACUGUGCACAACAUAGGAUUAUCUGGUGCUUCUGUGCACUCAUCCACCGACUGUGCCCAGGUCAUGGUUCAAGGCCCUGCUCAUCCUCACAGGUGUUUUCACUCUCUCUGGCUGAUCAGACCUCUGCUCAGGAGUAGUUCCAAGACUACUGUACUGCUCUAACACGUCCCAGCAAAACUGAAGGAUAGUGAGCGAAGUGUCAAUCAAACACACCCACACAGCCCGGAGAGUUCUAAUUAGUCAAAUAGGUGCGUCAACCAUUUGGUCUAUAGAGGCCUUCAAAAAAAGGCUUCUUAAAUUAAUCAAAUGAAAAUUAAAAACAUUUUCCAAGCAUUCAAGGUGACACAGAAACUGAAACGCUGGCGGUAGAAUAGAUGGUGCUGAUAAAGUGGUAUGUCGGAGCAGUGCGCCUGUAGUGCUCGGCUGUGGUGUGUAACAGUUCUUUGCUGCCACCAUUUGUCUUCGACAUGUAAAACACCCCAGGCUUGUUGUAAAUGGCACAGAGCCUCCACGUUAUGUCUCUACACUAAUCUAGUAACAUUUUCCUCUUUAAUCUUUGAGUGGACAAUUAGUGUGUUUUUGCACAAGCAACAGUGGACUUUUGUGGCUGAUAUUAAUAUCAAUAUUUAAGAUUUUCCAAAAGGAUAUAUUGACUAAUAUUUGGUUUUUUUUUUUUCUUCUUUAAAUGAACACAGAACAUAAACAUUUUUUAUCCCUUUAAUGUGAUUAUUAAAUAAUUGUGUCCAAGAUACUGAGCGGGGGAAUUGAAAAACGGUUGAAAAACAAAAUUGUAACUGCUCUGUACAGUGUGGACACUGUUUAGAAAAGACCACAGACAUAUCCCUGAUCUGUGGCAUUUCUGUAGUUCAGGUUCUCAUUACUUAAUGACUGAUAUCCAAUACCCAUAUCUGCCCUAAACUAAUCUAAGCUGAUAUGUCUGGUAUACCUGGCUAAUUAAUGGGCCCUGCUAUAGUUUUGACUGUACAUUAUGCAUGACAGGUGUAUACUGUAAGUAAUUAUACAGAUAUAACCUCCACAUUGGGGAAUUUGGCUUUUCAAUGAAAAAACAAAAAACAAAAAGGGAAUCCACAGUCCACCUGUGAUGAGGAAGGGGAAGAAAGAACCGGGCCGACAGAGAGAAGUGCUCACCGAUUAAAAUGAAGACAAAAGGAAGUCACCAUGUAUAU